CUUUUUUGUUUGCUUUCUUGCGAUGGCUCGAACUAAACAAACUGCGCGGAAGUCCACCGGCGGCAAGGCGCCGCGCAAGCAGCUGGCCACCAAGGCGGCUCGGAAGAGCGCGCCGGCCACGGGCGGCGUGAAAAAGCCGCACCGCUACCGGCCCGGCACGGUGGCCCUGCGCGAGAUCCGCCGCUAUCAGAAGUCCACGGAGCUGCUGAUCCGUAAGCUGCCGUUCCAGCGCCUGGUGCGCGAGAUCGCGCAGGACUUCAAGACCGACCUGCGCUUCCAGAGCUCGGCCGUGAUGGCGCUGCAGGAGGCGUGUGAGGCCUACCUGGUGGGGCUCUUCGAGGACACCAACCUGUGUGCUAUCCACGCCAAGCGUGUCACCAUCAUGCCCAAGGACAUCCAGCUUGCUCGCCGCAUCCGCGGGGAGAGAGCCCUUGGUACCCUCGGACACGGCGUGCUUGGCCAGCUCCCCAGGCAGCAGCAGGCGUACGGCCGUCUGGAUCUCCCUGGAGGUGAUGGUCGAGCGUUUGUUGUAAUGCGCCAGGCGCGACGCCUCGCCCGCGAUGCGCUCGAAGAUGUCAUUGACGAACGAGUUCAUGAUGCCCAUAGCCUUAGACGAGAUGCCGGUGUCCGGGUGGACCUGCUUCAGUACCUUAUACACUGUUUGCAAUCUCAUAUUAUGGCUCGUACUAAGCAGACCGCUCGCAAGUCCACCGGCGGCAAGGCCCCGCGCAAGCAGCUGGCCACUAAGGCGGCCCGCAAGAGCGCGCCGGCCACGGGCGGCGUGAAGAAGCCGCACCGCUACCGGCCCGGCACGGUGGCCCUGCGCGAGAUCCGCCGCUAUCAGAAGUCCACGGAGCUGCUGAUCCGCAAGCUGCCGUUCCAGCGCCUGGUGCGCGAGAUCGCGCAGGACUUCAAGACCGACCUGCGCUUCCAGAGCUCGGCCGUGAUGGCGCUGCAGGAGGCGUGCGAGGCCUACCUGGUGGGGCUCUUCGAGGACACCAACCUGUGUGCUAUCCACGCCAAGCGCGUCACCAUCAUGCCCAAGGACAUCCAGCUUGCUCGCCGCAUCCGCGGGGAGAGGGCGUAAAUUGGCCUUCUUAAUCGAGUGAUAACCGAAACCCAAAGGCUCUUUUCAGAGCCAAUCACUUGAUCAUAUAAAAGGUGCCGUAGUACUUGGUCAUUAAGAGCACAAAUUUUGCGCAGUCCCGAGAGACCUUUGUGGAGAGAGUCUCGGAAUUAAGCUCUUUAAAAGGCCUAUGGUGUGGGUUUUUUUUUUUUUGGGUUGCGUUGGGUCUUCAGUGCUGCAUAUGAACUUUCUCUAGUUGCGGCGAGCGGGGGCUACUCUUCGUUGUGGUGC